CGCGAGGCUCGGCGGAGUCUGCCAGCCCGCGUGCGCCUCGGCGUGCGCCUUUACGCGCCGUGGCGAAGCGUUUCUGGCGUUGCCGCGAAUAGAAAGCGGAGAUGCGCCUUCCGAGGGAACGCGUGGCGAUGAUUCGUGGCUCAGGUAGGGUCAUCUGCGCUGCUUUCCUAGCGGAGAUGACCCUUCCUUGAGGGUUCGCGUGGUCGCGCCGGCUGCAUGUGGGUCUGUGUCUGGUGCGAGGUAUGUGUGCAGAUACAGAACUACAUCGUCUGCAAACACAAGAGAAGGGCGCUUUCCGUAAGCUGAGUCUGUGCUGCAGCAGACCCCACUUGAUUCCAAGAGAGCGAGCAGGACUGUCAAGACCCUCGGAAGUAGUAUGCAACUCUACAGCAAGCGGAACCCUUUCAGGACGCUCUCGGAGUGGGUGGUGCUCUACGUCCUGCUCUUGGGGCCCCCGUGUUCCGGCAGCUACCCCACCUACAGCAGGCGAGAUCGCCGGACCAAUGAGGUGUUUGUGUGCAAGCAGUGCCCGCCGGGGACGUACGUGGCUGAAGAGUGCACCAAUGAUAAGGACACCGUUUGCCAGCCCUGCCCCGCCCUCCACUACACGCAAUACUGGAACUACCUCAAGAAGUGCCUGUACUGCAACGUCUUCUGCAACAGCCUGGAAGAAGAGGUGCGGCCGUGCAAUGGCACACACAACCGGGCGUGCCAGUGCAAGGCGGGCUACCACUCAGAUUUGGAUUUCUGCAUAAAGCAUUCCAGCUGCCCCUUGGGAACCGGAGUUGCUCAGCUUGGCAACCCGCAGGAGGACACUACAUGUAUCCUGUGUCCUCAGGGGACCUUUUCCGACUCUGUUUCCAGCACUGAGGUUUGCCAACCCCACCAGGACUGUUCUAAGCAAGGCCUGGCCGUCAACGUCCCUGGGAACCAGUUCCAUGACACCUUCUGCACCGCUUGCAAGAUGAGCAAAGCCAACAGCACCAAGGACAAAGCAGAUGAAUUACUAGGAAUCGGGAGUGAUUGUCAAGACGCCAUAAUAGACUUUGUGCCUUACCAAGUCGGAUCGCAGAGACGGCUGGAGAGACUGCUGCACAGAAUCAACGGAAGUGCACCUGCCGCAGGUUGUGAUGAGAAGAGCCCAUUAGUGCUCCAGGUGGAACUCCAUGCCUUCCUCAUCCAGCUCAAGGACACUCUGGGGAAACAGGUCGUGGUGCAGAAGCUCUGGAAAGCCCUGGAUCACAUGAAAUUGCAGAAUAUACAAAAGAAGAUCCAAAAGCAUUUCUUGAGCUCAUGAGAUUGGACGUGGGUUCAAGUUAUAAAAAGGAUAUGCACAAGUGCCUCUGAGAAAAAUAACCAGUACCAUUUUGGUCUGCGACUGGGACUUUAUCUAAGAGGACAUUGUCUUCCCUUGGGCUUUGCUUAUUAAAAAAAAAUUCCCCUCUUUGAAAAGAAGCAAAAAUUAAUGGACACAAUUUUUAACGAGCCUGAUUUUCCCUCAAGCAGGGAAAAUGUAUUUCCCUGAUGAAUUCCUGCAAUGUAUUCCCUGAUGAAAUUGUGCGCCUUGGGGGUCCUGAACUUCCAAGGAAUUGGUUUUUUUUAAAGCAUUUAACUCAGUAUUAGGUUUUUCUUAAAUGUGCUACUUAUUCUCCCCUGCCACCCAAACAGAACACGCAAAACGAGCAUAAAUAUAUCAAUAAUAACUGAUUUAUCCUUUCCACAGUCCUAUCACUGCGGCCCAUUUGUUCCAGGGGAAGAGUUGGUUUAUGUUGGAUUGGUUACACUUGCAUAUUGUUUUUUUAUAUUUUAAUUUAUCUUGCCAUUCAUAACUCUGGUUUUCUUAGUUGUUAGCGUUUUUAUACUGCCCCAACAAACAAGAGGUUGGUGACCAGACAGGAUUAUCAAGAGGCUAAAUCUGUCUGGAAGGCCAGUGCGUGCAUUUAAGUUUCUAAAAUAUAUAAGCCUAAUAUUGCCAGAUAUAUCAACAGCAUGUUCCACAUGAAUGAAACAUGGGGAAGGGAGAAACAAGGAACAGUCUAUGCAGACAAACUUUCACCAGUCAAAAUUAGCUGAAAGCUUUACCCUGGCAUGGGGCCCAGGAAUUCUUCCCACCCGGGGUAAGAGCCCAAAGUGCUGGAAGCUGGUUCUUCAAACAACAGCUGAGAUUCUCAGGAAGUUCAACAUGACCUCGGGAUGAGAGUAGAUCCAACAUAUUCUAAAAUCCAGCAUCAUUUUCCAGAGCUUUAUUCCAUUUGCUGGAAACCACCGGCGGGGAGAGGGCUCUUGUGUUCGAAUCCUGAUUUUGGAUCUGGGGUGGGGGCACUGUGAGAGUAGAAUGUUGGACUAGGUGGGUCACUGAUCCAGCAGAUCCUCUUUUUAAUAUUCUUAACACCGUAAUUUUAAUCUUUUUUUUUAAAAAAAAAAUCCAUUGUAAUUUCAUUUCAAGUGGUUGAAAAGGCUCUGGAGGCUUGGUCCAGAUUGACAGCCAGUGUGGCCUAGCUGUUAGAGUGCCGGACUAAGACCUGGAGGAAGCCAGGGUUCGAAUCUCCACUCUGCCAUUAAGCUCACUCAGUGACCUUUGGCCAGUUCCUGUCUCUCCACCUAACCUACUUCACAGGGUUGUUGUGAAGAUAAGAUGGGAAGGCGAGAACCAUGUAUGCCACCUUGAGUUCCUUGGUAUAUAAAGGUGAUGAAUGCAUGAAUGGAUCAUAGAGGUAAAGACUCCCUUAAAUGGUCCUGGGUUGGUGAUCCGGGUCCAGCCUGCCCCAGGUAGUGGCUCUCGGAUCUGAAUGCUUGCCUUCUGUCACACCUGUUAGCUGUAAGCAAUAAAAGUUGUGGGCAUUUUUAUCCCAUCUCUCAUGUGGUUCGAUUCUUGCUUUUCUGCUCUGCUCCAUUGCAGAGCCUCAGUGGGUUAAACGUGACCGGCAAAAGUAGCAUAUUGAGCCAAGCGCUUUGCAAAAGUAGAAUGGUGAUUUCCACGUGGCAUUGUUUGGGAUUUACUGCAAGAAUGCCUCUCUGGUUGUGGAAAUUCUAAGGUUUUCUUAGCACAUGGGUUGGGAAGGCAAGUUAAGAGAAGGAAACAGGAACUUCCCUUGAGAGUAAAGUUUGCUGUCUUGGAUAAUAAUUACAGUAUUAUUGGUUUAUUAAUUCCUCCUAGAUAAAGGUCUCAACACAAUGUAUGACAGAGACAAUUAAAAACAUAAAAGGGCUAAUACGUUUAAAACAAAACUAAAACCCUAAGAAGUGGACACUCGUCACAAUGACCCACUUCACCAGCUGGGAAAGCCCCUUGGAGCAAAAAUGCCUCCUGUUGUUUCUGGAAAAUGCAGAUAGUGGACUCCUGUCGUAUCCCAGCAUAGCAAGGGCAGCCACACAGAUGCAAUCUCCAUUGUUUAUAAACCACAGGACACAGAAUGAAUUGUGUGCAUUUCCUCCUUUUGACUAGUGCAGGAGAUUCCAGAUAGACUGGAAUCUCAGAUUGUUAAAAGUCUCGGUGAGUUAAAAGAACGGCGUUCUUGCUGGUCCCAGCAUGGAAAGUGCCAAUGAUUUUAUGCCAAGGCAGAUUUCGCUACCUCUUCAUAGAGCUUGUAGUGCCCCAGAUUCCUCCCUCAGAUGGGCCAGAGUUUCGAAGUCUUUGUGUUUUCUUUGCUGGACAGAAAUAGCAGCAGGAAUGGAGAUGUGCAUCUUCUCCUCUUUUGCAGCAGCAUAGCAAGCAAGCAUAAGAAUUGUUAGAAAAGACCAAGAAAAAUAAAAAUGCAGCCUGUGGAUUAAAAAAACCAAAAUAAAAUUUUGCUGUGUUCAUGCUUAUACUAAGACUGCAAAAAGGAGUGCAAGACAAGAAGGGUUGCAAGUC